GUGGCUCCCGGAAUGGUGCUGGUGAUUUGGUGACGUGGUGCUGGUGACCCUGGUGGUCGUUUUGGCUCGGUGGAGUGGAGGGAAGUGGUGUAUUGGUGGUGAAGCAUUGUAGUAGUGGUGCCGACUGCCGAGUUUGCCGAGAAGCAGACCUGCCGUCCAUACGCCAGUGCGAUGAUUAAGCUCUUUCGCCAGCUCAGUGAUCAGUCGGAAUAUGGGCCUCGGCUGGCUCCCGCCGCGGACUCCCCUCCCAGCGGGAUGACGUCAUCAGCACCUCGGCCGCGGAACCCUCUGCGUCGGCUGGCCAACAGUCUGAAGUCGCACACCCGUCCGACGGUGGUCCGUCGUCGGCAGCUCAUCACCGCCGACCCCUGCCGCACCAACAUCGAGCACCUGGUGUUCCGCUCCGAUCCGCGGCCGCAGGAGGGCAGCACCGGCGCCACAGAUGUCGCUGCGGUCGCCGUACACCGCCGGGUGCGCUCGGCCUCAGCUGACGGGAAAAUGUGCGGCUCGCGGUCGCCGCCGCGACAGCACCUGUCAGAAAACGACACUUCUGGGACACUUCCGCGGCGCGGUACUGUGGUUAGAGUCGACGGGGAGACUCCACCCAGAGGAAAGCCUCGUCUCCGUCAUGUGAAGCCUCCGGAGAUACCUGGUACCGAUCGGGGUGACCCCUCGGGCUGGCGUCCCCCGCGGCUGGGACGGCUGACCACCAGCGUACCCGAUAUCCUCUGCAACAUUCGAGCUCCGCCGGAGGAGCCUACCUCAGACUCGGACGCGUCUAGCCCGUCCUCCCCGCUACAAAUACCUGCCUCAUUAUACCACUUAUCCCGUCUGGACAGCUCAGACUCGAUUCGAUCAUCUGAAUUAUCACCUCAUCCCAGCACAGUCAGCGGCGCCGGCUCGGGUACUCCCCCGGCAGUCAGGGACAGUGCGUUCCUGCGCCGGGCGCGUGCCAAGCCGGUGCGCCGUCGUUCUCUGACUGUCACCGUCUCCGACCCUAACGAGAGGCGGCGCUCGCGGCGGCCGUCUGGUCGAGAGGUCAUGGGGGCGGGGCCUGGGCCGACGGCCGGCCGGCCCGGCGCCCUGGGCCCGGCGCUGAUUACACAUUCGGCCCGGCCGGCGGCGGCCCUCUCCGGAGAGCAGUCAGUCGCGGGCCAGCAUCCGACGCGCACGGCCCGCGGGCCACCGACGGCGCACACUCAGCGGACAGGCGGCGCGCGCGGUCCCUCACCGGCGCAGGAGCCGCGCGGCGGCGCCAUGCGCGUGGCACGCUACACCACAGAGCUGCCGCCGCCGCCGUUACCGCAAAACGCCUGGAAAAAUGGAAACUCGGCCGAUUUUGGGUUACAUGGCCAGCCGAGUAGAACAUGCGAGUCGCCGCCGCCGCGUGACGGCCGGCCGCGCGUCAGUGCGUUCCCGCUGGCGCUGCCGCUGCCGCCGUCGCCGCGGCCGGCCGAGCGCGCUCAGUGGUCGCGCGGCCCGCGCGCAGGUAGCACCUCUCGGCCCGGCGCCGUGCUCGGCCGCUCCGAGUCACUGCACGAUUCCAGCGCCAGGGCGCGAGAGAGGUUCUUCGACGCGCUCAGUUCCACCAGCGAGCGGCUGAGACGGAGGAGGAAUUCCACUUGGGACUCGACAUCAGCGGAGACCGGCGCCGGCCGGGUGCUAUUCCCCAGUGAGCGUGUUAGCGCGACGGACAGUGUCAGUGACCGGGUGAGAAGUGAGACUGUGAGCGGUGAGCGCCGGGAGACGAGCGGUGUGAGCGGGACGGUGAGACGCCGCGCUCACAGUGAGACCCGGCGAGAGGACAGUGCGGUGAGCGCCGCCGCUGGUGACAGACUCAGACAGAGCAGUAAGUACGCGGCGCCCCGUGUGCGUGUGUCUCGGACUGAGAGUGUGGACGGCCGCGUGUGGACGGACUCUCUGCGCAGGUACCGCUCGCUGCCGCGGCCGCGCUCGCCCAAUCUCCACCCGUCGAUUGAUAGUAUCGACUUCCAUCCGUCGGAGCCGAUCUACGACACUCCACCUGGCCGGCCGCUGCGGCGCGUGUCGCGAGAUGACCUGACCCUGGCGGCAGGUCAGGCCGAGGCGACAGACAGCGACCAGGAGAUGCCCGGGCGCGUCUCAAACAUCCCCGUGUACCGGCGUCGGCCGCCCGCCGGCGCCGACAGCUCGUCGGCCUGCAGCUCGACCGCCGCUCAGAAAUCUGCCGACGACAGGGGCAGACGAGCCCCGACCUCCACCACCACCAAUGGUAGCAGCGGCGGCAGUAACAGCGGGCCGAGCGCCGCGACCGGUCAGCGUCAGGGGCGGCCCGCAGACGGUAAACUGAUGACGUACACCUCCCUGCCGCGGGCCAAAAUCGAGUACUGUCCCGAGACGGAGACGGGAUCGUCACGGAGCAAUAUCCGCGGCCGCGGCGCCGGAGCGGGUCUCAGGGAGGAGCGGUGCUCGUCUCCAAAACCGCCCAUUCACCCCGGCGGUAAAUCGCGCCCCGGGGUCAAAUCGGCCGCUUCAACCAGACGUACCGCCGGCACAGGCACGCUGAGAAAUGGCUCACCAGCCGCGAGAGACACGGAAUCGACAGCCAACGGUCGGACGAAGACAGCUGCUCAGACAGACCGGCGGCCAGGUCUGACUAUCGACACCAGAAACAAACCUACUCGGCGAGAAACGGCAAACAGCCCUCGGCCGGCGACAGAGAACGGAGCUCGACCGGGCAGAGGCGCGCCCUCGCCCGGUUCGUCAGCACGCUCCACGCCCAACUCGUGCCCCAUCUCGCCCCAAUCCAGCCUCAGUCCCAGCAGUCCGAGGGACUCACCGCGAUCGUUCCGCUUCUCCGGGAAUAAAUACUCGUCCGGUAUUCCAACACGGCGCAGCAACGGGGCUGACUCUGUGGGCGGGACAGAGUCCCCCACCAGCGGCUCUUCCAUCAACCUCAGUGACAUCUCCGGCCUCAGCGCGCUCACCAGUCCUGAGUCGAGCACGAACGGUGGUCCAACCCAGUCGAGCGCCUCGCGAAAUGGUCGAAAACUGCAAAAACCCAGUGAGCAGCCGACAGCGCGAAACGGCGCCGCCACCGCUGCUCCGGCGCUCAGCAAAAACACGUCCAAAACAUGGAUCGGCUCGGAGCGUCGCGGCGGCAGCGUGGGCUCGCCGCUGUGUCGCUCCCAGGAGAGUGUGGCCAGUGGUGUGGGCUCGGACAGUGCGCCGGCCUCGCGCACCGCCAGCCAGAGCUCGCUGCACGAGCCGGGCCGGCUGCGGCGACCGCGAGCCACGCCCGGCCGGCUGGACGCCGGAAAAUUCGGCUCCAGGUCGAUCACAACCAUCCGAGCGAGAAAUCUGAGCAAAGGCUCCUCCGGCGAGAGGGAGAAGGAGAAUGAGCCCAGGCAGACGGCGAGCGGCAGAGCGGGAAAGCUCACCGAUGCUGCCAGCACGAAAACAACCAACAAAAACGGUCUGAACAGCGCUCCCGACACGCGGUCCAAAGCGGCUCCAACUGAGAAAGGAACCGGCACCGGUAGCGAUACGCCGGCAAACAAGUCUAAGGUGAAGGUUCAGCGAUCUCUCAGUCUCCAGUCGGCGGCCAAACCGAGCCUGCCGCCCAAACCGUCCCAUCUGCGGCCGCCGGCGGCACUCGGCGCGGGCCGGCCUGACCCGCUCACCUCCCUGCCCAAUAUACAGGGACUCGGCACCGAUACGUGGCGACCCGCCGACAGUGACACGUGGCGGCCCGCCGACGGCGACACGUGGCCGUCACGUGCCGAGCAGCAGCGCAGCACGGGCUCACGUGCCGAGGCCGGCUCGGAGCCGUCUCGGCGGCCUGGCUCCUCCAGCUCCCGCCGGGCCGGCCGCGCCGCCCCCCGUGCCGCUCCAGACGACAAUAGGGACGGCCGCGCCGGGGAUGCGUCCCCUUCUGCGCCACCCAGCGCGCCGGCCGAGCGCCAUUCAAGCUCCGCCGAGCGGCGGCGCCGACCGGACACUUCCAACGUGCCGUCGUACAAAAACCACCGCGAUCCGGCGCCGCGCGCGGACCCCACAUUCCGAUCAGAGGAUGAGACAGCGUCGGCCGAGGGGCGGCAGAAGAGCGGGGUGCAGCAGAUCGGCUCCAUUCACAGUCCCUCGGACCUGGAGCCGGAGUCUGAGCCGGUCCGGAGCCGGGAGCCGGAGCCGGAGCCGGCGCGGCCUCAGUACCGCCUCAGUCCGGACGGCCGGCGCAGCAGCGGCGCCGGCUCACUCACCAGUCGGGACACGGACACCUGUUCAGACAGCGGCUCCAUCUGCUUGCCGGUCCCGACCCCGCCGAGGAAGCAGAGCGUCGACAAGGCCGUCUACUCGAGUGUGAUCCACGUGAAUGGUACGGAGGACGGCCUGGUGACCAACCGUACCCGACUGCAGCGAUAUGUGGACGCCGGUGAGCAGGUUCAGGCCACAAUCCAGGGCCAGAAGGACGCUCAGAACGAGAACAAAGUCCGCCUCUCUCUCAACGUCGACGGCGACUUUCUCAACAACCAGUUCGACGCCAUCAUCGAGACGCUGAAGCAGGUGGCGGCGUCUGUUCAGGAGCAGGGUAGCCGGCCCGCCUCCGUGGCCAUGACGUCCCGCAACUCGGACCCCAUCUACGCCGAGAUCCGCUCGCCGCGGACACCGGUCGGAGCGCUGUCCCCGGAGCCGAUCUACAGUGAGGUGCGGUCUCCGGUACCGGUGCGUCCUGGGAGCACACCAACCUCCCCGACCCGGGCGCCGCCUCUGCCGCCUCCGGUCACACCCAGAACACAGGCAGAGAAUGACGCCUUCUUCGACAGCUCGCCGACACUGGACGAGCUCGCCAGAAAGCUACACGCCGACGCUAGGCAUCUGGAUGACGACUGCGACUAUGUCAACUUCCACGACCUCGAGUCGCCGUAUCGCACUCCGCCGCCGGUGGCCCCCCAGGCCAGUCAGCUCAUCGCCGGCAGACGGGGCGCCGACGCGACCCCGCACCCAGACUACGGCAGUCUGCCGUACUCGCGCAACCUGGAGUCGGUCCAGGAGUGCUCGGAGAACGGCUCGCGGCCCGACUCGCGCGACGGGCCGGCCAGCUUCGAGCGGCUGCAGCGGGAGGCCAAGAAGGCGCUGUCCCGCAGUCUGAGCGACAAGGGCGCGCCGCCGCGGCCGGCGCUGUCCGUGUAUCGCGCCGGCUCCGAGUGCGGGGACGACUCGGCGCGGUUCGGCACGCGUGGGGAGCUCGGGGCUCCCCGCUCGGAGCGCAGCAGCUGCCAGUUUCUGGACAGCGACGGGUCGGUGUUCUCGUCCACAUCAGACGUAUGGACGGGCCGGGAUCUGGAGAGCGCCAUCCACACCCUGGUCGGCGGCGGAUUGGGAAAGACUCGCACCCGCAGCACUGGCAGCGAGACGGCCGCCGAGCCGCGCAAACCCAAAAUCAAAGAGUCCACCUCGUCUUCGUUCCUGUCGCGCGACUCCAAGCUGCGCGGCUUUGUGCGUAACGGCUGGCGAGUGGGCACCCGCCGCAGUCACAGCUCUAGUGACGACUGCCGAGACUCGACUAUCACCAUCGACGACUUCAUCGCGUCGCUGUACGGCCAGCAGGGCGUCUCACUGGAGGCCCUCGGGUCACACGCACCGACCGAAACACGAAACCGAUCCGAGUCGGAACGACGCGCGCCGACCGCGCCGUCAGCCACGACGGCAUCGACGUCUUCAACGCACACCCGCAGCCGGAACGCGAGGAGUAACAGCAUCACGGGCACGGAGCCGGGCGGGAGCCGGGGCCGUCCGCCGUCCGACGAGCCGCAGAUGGAGGAGGAGGGCUCCGGGCGCGAUUCGCCCGUGCCGCAGCAGAGGUCCCUGUCGCUGCCCAAGACGUUCCUGGCUGAGCGGUACGGCCUGGCCGGCAUCAAGGCGGCCAUUCCCAGUGUGCUGUUCCCGUGGCGGAGAGGAGACUCGAACCGCGCCUCCGGCCGCAGCAGCGUCGGUGACCCGGACACGGCUGAGGACACGAGGAGCGUGUCCAGCGCAAAGAUGGACGGCUCGACCGGAGCCGAGCGGCGCCGUCCCGGCGUGAAUAAGACGCAGAGGCAGCUGAAGACCUCCAGCUCGCCGGUGCUGUCCGGCAGGCGGGGCAGCACGUCCAACUCGGAGUGGGACGUCAGGAGGACCUGGUCCCUGUACGGAGACCAGGAUGCUGACAUGCUGUCAGCCAACUCUGAGGCCUCUGUGUCACCGCUGCCACCUGAUGAGGAGAUGGUGACGGGACCCAGGUCUCUGCAGACCAAUCCAGGAGCACCAUCCCCCACCCCCAGCUCAGAGAGCGUCUUGCAGAAAUUCCGUAAAAGCUUCAGUUUACGGUUCUACAAGCGGGGCGUGGCGAGCGCGGAGCCUGCGGCGCCUUCCCGCGGCCGGCCGCCGGCCGCCGGUCGUCCCGACGAGGACGAAGAUGAGGACGACUGUGACGACUGCGAGGACUGUGACGAGGACGACGGAGGUCCUCGCGCCGGCGGAGCACAGGGAAGGCGUGCCGACAGGUCCGUGGAGAGCGCGGACUGCGCGGCCGGAGAGGAUGACCCCAUGGACGGCGGACUGAGAUUGCCCCGCGCGUGGCGCUCCAGCAAGGAGCGGCGCCGGCGGCUGAAGAAGGAGGCACGCAGCGCCAAGUGUUCGAGCGCUGACAGCGGCGACAGCGGAAUUCAGCUGGAGACGGCGGCGGCCGCCGGGAUGGCGGACAGCCCCGGCGUGCGGCGGAGGCUGCGCAGCACCACUGACGCAGAGGAUAUAUCGUCAGAGCCCCGCAGGGAGAAGAGACCCCUCUCGGAUAUUUCGGGCAGCUCAAUCAUCGAGGAGAUCAAGGCCGGUCUGCAGAGCGAGGUGAAGCGUCGCAGUAAGCUGGUGCGUCGCACCCACUCGGACUUGGGCUCGGACUUGGUGCGCGGCUACAGCCGCCAGAUGUCCCAGCCGGCGCCGAUCACCGAGCACCCGGCCUCGGCGGCUGACGGCCGGCGGCCCCACCACCACCACCACCGGCUCAGAAAGAGCCUGGGCCGGGCGCGCGGCGCCUCCCGCCUGCGCCGCUCGCUCUCCGACCCCAGUGUGGCGCCCUCUCCACCUCGGCAGCGCCGGCCGCCGCCGCCCGCCGCCGGCCACGCCACCGACGACGACGCCAUCUCUGAGUCGGACGAGGAACUACUGUCGGACGAUGAGAGCCGCCGCAGGCCGCAGCACCUGGUGCGCACGUUCGAGCCGGCCGAGGACUCUGUGGUGUACGCCGAGGCCCACUGGGACUACAUCACCCUCGACCCCGAGGAGCUGGCCUUCAAGGCCGGCGACGUGAUCGAGGUGCACGACUGCUCCGACCGGCACUGGUGGUUCGGCGCCCAUCAGCAGAACCAGGGCUGGUUCCUGGCCGCAUUCGUACGGCUACGAGUGAGUCAGGAGGAGACGGUUGAGGAGACUCUGGACGCCAUCCGUUCGGGCGCCGCGCGGCCGCAGCUCAGUCGCAAACAGUCUGUGUCGCUGCUGUCGCACGACCAGGUGCGCGCCAAGGUGGUGAUGGAGAUCCUCAGUUCCGAGCGCGCCUUCGUGCAGGACGUCGGCAACGUCAUAGAGGGCUACCUGCGUCAGGUGGUGCGCCGGCGGGACCUGUUCACAGACGAACACGUCACCACCAUAUUCGGCAACAUCGAGGAGCUGCACCGGUUCCAGACGGAGUUCCUGCGGCGACUGGAGAGUCGUGUGGACCGCGCCCGGCCGCACGCCAGCUGCAUCGGAGCCGCCUUUGUCGAGUUUCAAAACGGUUUUUCGAUAUACGCCGACUACUGCAACAAUCACCCGUCUGCGGUGUCGGAGCUGCAGCAGCUCUACCAGAACAACCGCUACAUCCACUUUUUCGAGGCGUGCCGCCUGCUGCGCGACAUGAUCGACAUUUCCCUGGACGGCUUCCUGCUGACGCCCAUCCAGAAGAUCUGCAAAUACCCGCUGCAGCUGGCCGAACUGCUCAAAUAUACAAAGACGGACCACCCGGACUACGAGCACGUCCGGCAGGCUCAGGCCGUCAUGAAGGCGGUGGCCAUGGGCGUCAACGAGUCCAAACGGCGCAUGGAGAGCCUGGAGAAGCUGGCAGCCUGGCAGAUGAAGGUCGAGGGCUGGAUGGGUCCGAACCUGUUAGACACCAGCUCGGAGCUGAUCCACCAGGGUGAGGUGACCAAGCUGACCUCGUCCAGCUGGUCCAAGGAGGUGUGCACGCUCUUCCUGUUCGACCACGUGCUCAUCUACUGCCGCAAGGACCUGCUGAAACGGAGCGUGCAGCAGUUCCGCGGCAGGAUCAACCUGGAUACGGCACAUGUGGUCGACCUCACUGACGGAAAAGACGAGUUCUCCGGAGCGACGGUGAGGAACGCGAUCCGUGUUCACUCGCAGCUGAAGAACAAGUGGUACGUCUUCUGCUGCAAGUCCGAGGACGAGAAACUGCGCUGGAUGCUCAAAUUCCGGGAGGAGCGGAUACGGGUGUGUCGGGACCACGAGAACGGCUUCCGGGUGUCUGACAAAUUCCGCCGACUGGCCCAAAUCGCCGCCAGAAAUCACCAGAACACGCCGAAAAAGCCCAAAACCCAGCACCCCCGUUGCCGGCGUCCCAUGACGCUCUCCCAGGCCGAGCUGGUGCUCAGUGACGCCAGCCCAUCCCCGGCUCCCAGUCAGGAGAUCGUCAAACGCAAAGGCACUUGGUUCAGCUUCGGCAACAGCAAAAAGCGCAGUCGGGCAGCGCCGCACAUCAUCCACCAGCACCAGCUGGUGUAGGUGACCCGUCUCCAUGACAACGAGCAGCCACACUCGUCGGCGCCGCCCGGCGGCCCGGCGUAGAAGCUGUAGUGCCUUCGGUGACCGCCAGGUGUCACUGGCGCGCCGGACCGUGGAUCAGCUCCAUCCCUCAAUCUGUGAUCGCUACUGUGUAUGUGAGAUUGUCGUUGAUCAUGCAAUAUUUAUGGACUCUGUAUGAUUGCUCGACUUUUGAUAGUGACAAGCCGCAUAUGCUAGAGUUUUUACAUAUUUGCAUGUCGUAACAUGUACUGCCCUAACCGACCGACCUCUGUCGUCUUUUAUUGUUCUUUUUGCUCCGUCUGCUGUAAAUAAACAACUCAGGGCGCGCUA